CAACCACGAUGGGAAGGACAAUGCACCACUGGCGAUAAACAGAGUCCAAUCAGUCUGGAGAGAGACAGUGCUGAGACAGAAUGGAGGGUUUUUCCGUUAAGCAGCAGCAUAUCAUUUUCGGAUUACGACAAGCAAGCAGAUGGCACCUUCACAAAUAAUGGACACUCAGUGGAAAUGACAUUGGAAUACAGCGACCCGUCCGCAACCCCUCGAACAGUAGUUUCAUCAGAAGGUUCCUCUACCACAUUUUUGUUUAGAAGUCUACAUUUUCACUGGCCCAGUGAACAUUACAUUAAUGGAAAAAGAUACGAUCUUGAGAUGCACAUGGUACACCAAUCGGAAGACAAUAGGCUAUUGGUUCUGGGUUAUAUGUUC